AUGGUUUCACUUUCCUUUUCAGCUUCUCAUGAAGAUGAAGUGAGGAUCCUGGUUGUAGGAAUCAGAGCUUCUCACGAUGAUGAGGUGAGGAUCCUGAUGGUGGGAAGCCGAGGUCAGUCCAGAUUCAGCGCUGCAGAUCUUCUGUCAGGAAGGAAAGACGGUGGACAGGAGGACAGAGAGAUUGUAAAGACUCCAGUAAUUACAGACGAGGCUCGUAGAAUGAUGCUGGUCACUGGACCAAACCUCUGUGAGGAGGACACAGCGAGACAGACCUUCACAACAGCGCUGUUUCUCUCGUCUCCUGGACCUCACGCCGUUUUAAUGCUCCUGAAUCUGGUAGAUCAACAAUCACAACAGUGUGAUAUUGUGAAACGAGCCCAGGAGCUGCUGGGAGCAGAAGUCCUGCAGUACUGCAUUGUUCUUCUGCUCCAAAAUCACCAGGAACGUUUCACAGGAGCGUCCAGAGGGAUUGCUGGAGAAAUGAUCAACGCAUGUGGAGGAAGAUUUCACAUCAUAAGAGACUCUGAAGCAAAACCUGCUCAAAGAGCAGCUCUCGUAGCGGAAAUAGACAAGUUAGUUUGGCUCAAUAGUGACAAAUUUUACUUAGUAUUGAGACAAGAUACUCUUACCAGUCAAAAUGUAAAUGAAGAAAAUCCAGUCUUGCCUCUAAUAUAUGACACUUUCGGAGGAGUUGUUGGAAUUGUAGGAUGGAUUUUCUUCAUUGCACUGAAUGCUGCUGUUAUUUUCACUAAAGGAAAACAUGAACUUUGUAAUUUUGGAGCAAUAAUAUGCAUACUUGUUAUUUUCAUGGUCACAUUAAGAAAUAAUAUGAGUCCAAAUGUUGCUGUACCAAUAAAUUUGAUUCUAUCCUCAACAUUUACUAUUGCAGUUUCAUUAGCUUACUCACUUCUCAUGAAGAUGAAGUGA